AAAAAAAUUCCCUGUAUCACACAACACGCCAUUUUAGGGGUCCUAUUUCUUCGUCCGCGCGCCUCACCAGGUUCACUCGCUCAGCUCGCGGGGAGAACGAUGCUGAGGCUCCGCGGACACGCGCCGCGUUCGCCGAGACGGGCGCGCGCACACGGCACUUUGGCGCCAAAGAACUUCGAUGCGCGCAGCAGCCUGAAGAAGCUGUACAAGCCCCAGGUACCCGAGUACUUCAACUUCGCCAGGAACGUGCUAGAUGCGUGGACUGAGCGAGAGAAGAGAGGCCAGAAGCCCCAGAGCGCCGCCUUAUGGUGGGUGAGCGAGAGCGCGCCGGAGGUGCGCUGGAGCUUCGAGGAGCUCGCCUUCAACUCCCGCCGCGCGGCCAACGUGCUGUGUGGCCCGUGUGGCCUCCGCAGGGGGGACCGCGUGCUGCUCCUCCUGCCCCGGGUGCCCCAGUGGUGGCUCCUCAACGUGGCCUGCAUGAGAACUGGCACAGUCCUGAUCCCUGGAACAUGUCAGCUGACUGCCAGGGACAUCCUGCACAGGCUACAGAGCUCAAGGGCCAAGUGCGUCAUCACAGAUGAGUCCCUGGCCCCAGUGCUGGACUCGGUGGCCUCACACUGCUCUUCUCUUCACACUAAACUCCUGGUGUCCCACAAGAAGAGGGAGGGCUGGAUGAACUUCAACCAACUUCUAAGGACUGUGUCAAGUGACCACACCUGUGUAGAAACAAGAAGCGAUGACCCCAUGACCAUCUUCUUCACGAGCGGCACAACGGGAUCUCCAAAAAUGACGGAGCACAGCCACUGUAGCUUUGGGAUUGGUCUCACCGUGAAUGGCAGGUACUGGCUGGAUCUGACAGAGCGUGACGUCCUGUGGAACACUUCCGACACUGGCUGGGCCAAGUCGGCCUGGAGCAGCAUCUUCGCCCCCUGGAUUCAGGGGUCCUGCGUGUUUGUACAUCAUAUGCCGCGGUUUGACACCACUACCGUGAUGCAGACACUGUCCAGGUACCCAAUAUCAACAUUCUGCACUGUCCCAACUGUGUACAGAAUGCUUGUGCAAGAAGACAUGUCCAGGUAUAGGUUCCCAAAUCUGGAGCACUGUGUGAGUGCUGGAGAGCCCAUCAACCCUGAGGUGAUGGAGAGAUGGAAAGCCAGCACUGGGCUAGACAUCUACGAAGGAUACGGACAGACUGAAACAGUUUUGAUUGCUGGAACUUUUAAAGGUAUGGAGAUCAAACCUGGGUCUUUCGGAAAGCCGUCACCAGCGUAUGAUGUGCAGAUUGUGGAUGAUGCCUGUAAAGUGGUUCCCCAAGGCACUGAGGGGAACCUCGCAAUCAGAGUGAAACCCAACAGACCUUUUUCACUCUUCACAAAGUACACUGAUGACCCAGAGCGGACAGCACAGUGCUUCAGAGGUGAUUUUUACCUGACUGGAGACAGAGGAGUGAUGGACCAGGAUGGGUAUCUGUGGUUUGUGGGAAGAGCUGAUGAUGUCAUAAACUCUGCUGGGUAUCGCAUUGGGCCAUUUGAAGUAGAAAAUGCACUGACUGAGCAUGAAGCCGUGGCAGAAUCAGCUGUGGUCAGCAGCCCUGAUCCAGUGCGAGGAGAGAUUGUAAAGGCAUUUGUUGUUCUGAAUCCUGCAUAUAAGUCCACUGACUAUGAUGAGCUUACAGUGGAAUUGCAGGAGCAUGUGAAGAGAGUUACAGCUCCAUAUAAAUAUCCACGCAAGAUUGAGUUUGUGGAUCAGCUGCCAAAAACAGUGAGUGGCAAAAUAAGAAGAGUUGAGCUCCGCAACAAAGAGUGGGGAAGGUCUUAAUCUUGUGAGGAGCCUUAAAGGAGUUAAGCAUUGACUCAAGCCAACGCGAAAACCAAGACAAACAUAUCUGGAGAGGUACUCCAGCUUCAACCUGCACCUAAAGGGGAAUCAAAAAAGGAUGUGCAUUUAGGCCUUAG